GCAGGACACCUGGUUUCCAUGGUGAUCGCUGAUGGGGUCGCCAACACUCCCACCGCCCUCCUGGCCAAUCACGUGCAGCGCUCACUGGACGCAGCCGUCGCUCGAGAAGGAAUGUCUCAGGAUGAAGAGGACGUGUCGUGUUACAGCACAGUGGCUAAAUUCCUCCUGGAGUGUUUUAUAAGAAUCCCGUCCAGAAUCAGCCAGGCUGUCCUGAACAAGGUGUUCCUGGAGCCGUUCUCUGGCGUCCUGGGUCAGACCAAGUCCAAACAAGUCCUGAUCACCAUGGCCCAGUCUGACCCGAGACACCUGAACUGUCUGCACCGGCUGGGGAUCCUGCUGGGCGUCAUCGAGUGGAGCAAAGACUUCCAGAAGAAACUGAACGCACGGCAGAACCCCAGAGACGCACAGCCAGCUGCUGAGGAACGCAGCAAGUCUAAUCUGAUGGAUUCUGAGAGCAGCAGUCUGUCGGCUCUGAACACGAGUGAAGACGAGUUUGCGGAGGACAACAUGAUGGAUGGCAGCUUCGUCUCCUCCAGUCUCAACCAGACUCUCCAACCAGUGAACAGCAAGCAUGACGAUGAGGAGGAAGAGGAGGAGGAGGGAGAUGAUGAAGAGGAGCUGUAUGAGCUGGCCUCUCUGCCUAACGGAGAAGCAUCAGCUGUCAGCAGUGAAGCCGAAGGAGUUCAGGACGAGGAUGAGGAGAAGUCCAAAAUAUCUGAUUCUGUUGAGCAGGAAUCAUCCGUCAGCCAAUCAGAGAGCAUGUUAGACCUCCACAGAGCAGUCAUCGAGGACAUCAGAAAGAGUAAGUUCGGGAUCGGCGUGGAGCUGAACGCUGAAGGUCAGAGGCUGAUACAGGGCCAUCAGGAGCUUCUGGGCCGCAGCUUGGACCGCCUCUCCACUGAACUCUACAGCAAAGACACACACUUUGUCCUGGAGCUCAUUCAGAAUGCCGAUGACAACAGUUACCCAUCAGAGGACGGCUUGGUUCCUUCUCUGGCCUUCGUGGUGGAGAGAGACUGCAUCACCAUCCUCAACAACGAGAGCGGCUUCCAGGAGACUAACAUCCGAGCCAUCUGUGACGUGGGCAACAGCACCAAGGGCAAGCACAAGUAUGGAUACAUAGGACAAAAAGGAAUUGGCUUCAAGUCCGUGUUUAAAGUCACAGACUGUCCUGAGAUUCACUCUAACGGCUUCCAUCUGCACUUUGACAAGACCUGCGGCCCCAUGGGAUACAUCCUCCCUCACUGGGGCGAAGACGAGAGGACGCUGGACACUGACCUGAAGGAGCUGAACCUGCACAGCUGGACCACAAAGAUCUGCCUCCCUCUGCGCUCUGACAACCAUCAGACCAGAAACCUGUUCCAUGACGUGCACCCCUCCCUGUUGCUCUUUCUGCAUCGUCUGCGCUCCAUCACCAUCUACAACCAGAGCGAGAAGCGUCUGGUGAUGAUGACUCGGAAAGACCUGAGUCACAACGUGCUGGAGGUGGAGCACACGGAGGGCAUCGAGCGCUGGCUGGUGGUCAAAACUACGGUCCAGCCCAAGAAGCUUCAGCUUCAAAUCAAAGAGAACGUUGAAUCCACAGAGCUCGCCCUCGCCUUCCAGCUUAACAGCGACAUCACAGGAAGUGACAUCAUAUUCCAGCCACAGAAACAACCUGUUUUCGCUUACCUGCCACUGCGCAGCUUCGGCUUCCGCUUCAUCAUCCAAGGUGACUUUGACAUCCCGUCUUCACGAGAGGACGUAGACAGAGACAGCUCCUGGAACCAGUGGCUUCGAUCUGAGAUACCAGAACUCUUCCUGCAGGCCAUGGACGUCUUCACUAAUCAUCCAGAGUUCAGGAGGCUGAGGGGUCUCUGUCAGUUCCUGCAGUUCAUCCCCCUCCCUGAUGAGGUGUUGGACUUCUUCAAGCCUGUUGCCGGGAAGAUUAUUCAGCUGCUGAAGGGCAAACCCUUCCUGCCCACACUCAGCUCAGGCGAUCAGGUGGUGUACAAGCUGCCGUCUCAGGUGGCCGUCUGUCAGGACGCUGUGAUCCGCGACGUCAUUGGAGGAGAGGAGCUCGAGCGUCAUCUGUCCCUGUCUUACCUCCAUCCUGAUCUGAGCAAGGCCGCGCCCACCUCCCUGCUCACCCACCUGGGAGUCAGAUACCUGCGGGGAUCUGAUGUUACCACGGUAACCACAGCCAUGGCCAAGGAGCAGAUGAGGGUGGAAGGCAUCCAUUCAGAGGGCGGUCUGCGUCAGUUGGCCCGCCUGCUGGUUUGUAACUUCCGCGCUCUGGAGCACGGCUACGGAGAGGCGGACUCAAUCCUGCAGACCCUCAGAGAUUUACCUUUAAUCCCCUUGGCCGACGGACGUGUGGUGGCCCUGAACGGGGAGGGGGUCUUCUUCCCGAUGGAGGAAACCAAGAAGAAGAAGAAAUCUCAGGCUGACUCAGGUGAACUCAUCUCAGGGUACACUCCCCCUCAGGGCACACCCCCCUCAGGGUACACUCCCCCUCAGGGCACACCCCCCUCAGGGUACACUCCCCCUCAGGGUACAUCCCCCCUCAGG